AUGACAAUGCGUUGGUCUUUCUUUCUACCCCUUCCUGACGGUCCAUUUGCUCACAAAUCUGCCCAUCCUCUUUCGGAAGUCGGCAGCAUCGGCAAGUUGGAAGAUGAGUCUUCUAAUCGUCUUUGCUUCAAAGACGCCUUCCUCACUCACGUGGCCAUGCUGUCAGGUAGCAACGUAGUCCUCCAAACAGCUGACCGGUAA